AAAAUUAAUUACUAAUAUCCCGGCCCGGUCGGCGGGCAGCAGCGCGCUGGAAGGGACGGGCCCCAGCAGCCGCGGCGUGGGCAGAGCGGAGCGUGACAGCGGGGAGCGCGGAGCAGCCGCAGCGGCGGGGCGAUGGGCAGAUUUUGACGGCUUUUGUUGGGGCGGGUUUUUUGGGGCCCGAGCGGAGCUGCCGCCGCACACUUUUUUGGGGUCAGUGUAGGGGGUUUUCUUUUUUCACUUUUUUUUUUUUUUUUUUUGAUGGAAAUAUAAGCCGAUCGGGAGAAGGGGGAGAGAAGCUCUCGAGUGUCUCCCCGGUUUUGGAUCCAUCCGUGCAAGGGGGAGAAAAAACAUCUCAGCUCCAGCCCAACAAGUGGAUUUUUUUUCUUUUUUUCUUUUUUCUCUCCCUCAUUCUUUCUUUUUCUUUUUAAUAGAUAUAUUUUUCUCAUAUUUUUCCUCCCCCUUUUCCACCCCGCCACCCACCGGCAAAGUGGGGUGGGUGUAAAGCGGGUGGGUGGGGGGGAAAGGAGGCAGCGAGCUCCGUGGCGGGGGCUGAGCAUGGAAGAGCCGCCGGAGGGGCACGGCCACCGAGAAGCGGCGCCUGGCCCGGCGAGCAGCGGCAGCGGCAGCGAUGGCGAGAGCGUGCCUGUGUCCCCGAGCCCCGCGCCCGCCUCCCCCGCUGCGCCCUGCUCCCUGCCCCUGCCCCGUCGCCGCCACCCGCCGCCCCCCCCACCGCCGCCCCACCGAACCACCAACUUCUUCAUCGACAACAUCCUGAGGCCGGACUUCGGCUGCAAGAAGGAGCCGCCCGCGCCGGCCGGCGGCGGAGGAGGCAGCCGGGAGCGGGACGGAGACCGGGGGCAGAGCUCAGGUAGAGAAAACGUCAACCCGCUGCUGGCCCGGCCGCCCAACCCGCCCUCCCUCCUGUGCCCGGACUCGAACUGCCGUCCUGACGGCCCCGCGCCUCCACCGCCGCCAGCAGCCGCCAAAGCCAGCCCCGCCGCGGCGACAGCGGCGGCGGCAGCGUCGGGGACGGUCAAGCCCCCCGCUGACGGGGGCGAGACUCACCCGGCGAAGUACGGGGAGCACGGCAGCCCCGCCAUCCUCCUCAUGGGCUCUAAUAAUGGAGGACCUGUUAUAAAGCCCGACUCGCAACAGCCGCUGGUGUGGCCGGCCUGGGUCUACUGCACUAGGUAUUCAGACAGACCGUCCUCGGGCCCCCGCACCAGGAAGCUUAAGAAGAAGAAGACGGAGAAGGAGGACAAGCGGCCGCGGACGGCGUUCACAGCCGAGCAGCUACAGCGGCUGAAGGCGGAGUUCCAGGCGAACCGAUACAUCACGGAGCAGCGGCGGCAGAGUCUGGCCCAGGAGCUCAGCCUCAACGAGUCCCAGAUCAAGAUCUGGUUCCAGAACAAACGAGCUAAGAUCAAAAAAGCGACGGGCAUCAAGAACGGACUGGCGCUGCACCUCAUGGCCCAGGGACUCUACAACCACUCCACCACUACCGUGCAGGACAAAGAGGAGAGCGAAUGACCCCCCCAGCCCAGAGCCGCGGCGCCGGCCCGCCGGCCGGGAGGCAGACAGGUGUUAUUUAAAAGCAGAUCUAUUGUCUAUCCAUAGUAUAAGGACUCCAAUCACGAAAAAAAAAUAUGAACACUUAAAAAAAAAAAAUCUCUAUAUAGCCAAACAGCAUAUGACCUUGUAUAUAUUUAAUUUCAGGUAAGAAAUAUGUGUAGCGAUCUCUAUUUGCUGGACAGUUUCCCCUUCUAUCUCUUCCCC